AUGGCUGGCCUUUCAGUAGACAUAGUUCCUUGCAGUAGUGAUUGGUAUAUUCUGAUUCUCAUUUUGACACUGGGAAAUAAUUUUAUCUGUCAUGCAAAUGGUAAGGCUUUUUUUGUGUUUGGAGAUUCUCUGGUUGAUAAUGGCAACAACAACUACUUGAUAACCACCGCUAGGGCGGAUGAGCCGCCAUACGGCAUUGACUACCCAACACAUCAGCCCACCGGCCGCUUCUCCAAUGGCCUUAACAUUCCUGAUAUAAUCAGUGAGCAUAUGGGAUGGGAAGCUACAUUGCCAUACUUGAGCCCAGAGCUGCGGGGACAGAAUCUGCUUGUUGGUGCUAACUUUGCUUCUGCUGGGGUUGGCAUACUUAAUGACACUGGAAUUCAAUUUGUAAACAUAAUUCGGAUUCCGAAUCAGCUGGAUAAUUUCAAAGAAUACCAGCAGAGAGUGAGUGAACUUAUUGGAUACGAAGAGAGGAAGAAACUUGUGAAACGAGCACUUGUUCUUAUUACAUUGGGAGGAAAUGAUUUUGUCAAUAAUUAUUACUUAGUCCCCAAUUCUGCAAGAUCUCAACAAUUCACCCUUCAAGAAUAUGUCCCUUUUCUCAUCACUGAAUACAAGAAAGUUUUAAAGAGACUGUAUAGACUUGGAGCUCGAAGGGUUUUAGUGACAGGCACAGGGCCAUUAGGAUGUGUGCCAGCAGAAUUGGCAUAUUACAGUACGAAUGGGGAAUGUGCAGAGGAAUUGCAACUUGCUGCAUCUCUUUUCAACCCACAAUUGGUUCAGAUGAUUGAUCAACUCAACGCCGAAAUAGGCCGCAUUGCCUUCAUUGCAGCCAACACCAAUCAAAUGCACAUGGAUUUCAUCUCAAAUCCUCAAGCUUUUGGAUUUAAAACAUCAAAGAUAGCUUGUUGCGGACAAGGACCCUAUAAUGGUGUAGGCCUUUGCACACCUUUAUCAAAUUUGUGCCCAAAUAGAGAUGAAUAUGUGUUUUGGGACCCUUUUCAUCCCUCUGAAAGGGCUAAUAGACUCAUUGUAGAAGAAAUCUUGACAGGUUCAAACACUUAUAUGCACCCCAUGAACCUCAAUACGAUCAUGGCUUUGGAUUCAAGCAGGGCAUGA